AUGUCUUUGAAAGAAACAAGCGGUUGCUCAUUUGAUGAAAUGGAAAGUGAAAAUGUGAAUGGUAGCAGAAUCCUGUACACGACAGAAUUCAUUGAUGCAGCACAAGCGGUUCUCCCUGCUAUUAUUCUCACUUUGCUUAUCUUUUCAGAGAUAGCAUUGGCGUUAUUCACUGUGGCAUAUGUAAAAAAUCUUACGAAUAAAUCAUUUGAACACAUGCAAUCAAUGAAUGAAAAACUGCUUGAUGUAGAAAAUAUACAACAGAUAAAUCAAACAGUUACGGAUGCUGCAAGAAGAGAUACUCAAGAAUUUGAUGAGGGAAUCAGAAGGACUAGUGAAACACUAAUGAGUAACCAAAUAUUAUUUAAACUAUUAAUGAAUGAAGAAAUCAAUCGCGAAACGAUGAGGAUGAUUAAUGACAAACUUAAUUGA